GCAUCGACUAUUAGUUGAAGUUGAUUCUUCGUAGCAGAAUUAUUAAGUUCCAGUCUUUUAGAUUUCUUUAAACAAAAACCAACAAACAUGGAUUUCUACUACAUGCCCGGUUCCUCUCCAUGCCGUGCAGCUCAAAUGACUGCCAAGGCUGUCGGUGUUGACCUGAAUCUCAAACAAUUGAAUCUAAUGGCUGGUGAACAUUUAAAGCCAGAAUACCUUAAGAUCAACCCACAACACACAAUUCCCACAUUGGUGGACAAUGGAUUCACUCUCUGGGAAUCACGUGCCAUCAUGGUCUAUCUGGUAGAUAAAUAUGGAAAGAGCGAUACUUUGUUGCCUCAAUGCCCCAAAAAACGUGCCGUUGUCCAUCAACGUUUGUACUUCGAUAUGGGAACACUUUACCAACGUUUUGCCGAUUACUACUUCCCACAAAUCUUCGCCAAAGCACCUGCAGAUCCUAUGAAAUUCCAAAAGAUGGAAGAUGCUUUCAGUUUCUUGGACACCUUCCUCGAUGGUCAAAAAUAUGCUGCUGGUGAAAGUUUUACCUUAGCCGAUAUUGCAUUGGUUGCCACCGUUUCCACCUAUGAAGCUGCCAAAUUCGAUAUCAACAAAUAUCCAAAUGUUGCUAAGUGGUACAAACAUUGUAAGACUGUGACUCCUGGAAUUGAAAUUAACGAAUCGGGAAUUGAACAUUUUAAGAAAUUCUUUAAUUAG